AUGCCUCGUGAAUUGACAACGUUGGAUAACAUUUAUGAGAAUAAUAUAGGGACAUUGGAGGUGUUAACAAACGCCAUCUUGCCUGUAAAAUACCCUCACGAGUUCUUUGAAGAAUUCUUCUCAAAGGGCAAGAGUGGAAAAAAGGAUACAUUCUUCGGCCAAUUAGCCUAUUAUAGUGAGGUUCCAGUUGGUGCUGUUAAGGCUAAAUUAAUCCCGAACAAAAAAGGGGGUGUUCUCCAGCAAGGUGUUUAUAUCGAAGUUUUGGUUGUACUAGAGCAUUAUAGAUCAAAAGGCAUUGGGCGGACGCUCCUAAAUUAUAUUGAAAAAGAAAGCAAGAGGCAUUUCCAGCAUGAUAUAUAUGUACAUGUUGCCUGUGAUAAUGAGUUCGGCAUUGAGUGGUAUAAAAGUCAUGGAUUUGCACAAGAAGGCGAUAUCAUAAAGGAUUACUACAAGGACACCACGGGCUCACCAGAUUGCUUAGUGCUCAGAAAAUACAUAGCUUAA